GCGGUAAGUGCCCCAAUCAGGUCAAAUGUCCUCAGUUGAAUGAGACGCAUUUUGUCGAAUGACGACUACAAUUCGCCAUCGCCUGCCUGUAAAAUGGACCUGCGUAUUGUUGUUAUAUAUGUAAUUUUCUUUUCUUGUGAAGUGUCAGCAGUUUUACAAAAAGGUCAUGAGCCACCCGAGUUUAUUCACGGCAGUGACACAAGGACGAGCAUCAGUCGGAAGGGUUCAAUUCUGCGCUUGCGGUGUUCCGUUUCCGCCAAUCCACCUGCUGAGGUCACGUGGUUCCGGUAUGACGAGGAGAUAGUGGAAGAUAGGAAAAAGGUUCGUUUACGUGAUGGACUGAAUCAUAACGUGCUGACCAUCCGGAAUUUGGAUUCUCUGGACUCCGGAGACUACACCUGCAGUGCCACCAACAGAUAUGGAAAAAUCACCAAAACGUACACAGUUUCCGUGGUUGGUUGUUACCUGACAGAUUCCCGACCCCUGCAGCCGAGGGCCAUCACGGUGGAGCCACCCACGCUGGACGUCCGGUGUGGGGACACGGCAGUGUUCAAGUGUAACUACAAGUCCGACUUCAACUCCCACAUACAGUGGCUGUUGGAGAUUCCCGCUAAUAGCAGCUCCAAAUUCGACCCCAACAGCAUCCUUUCCGUGCACUCCAAGUCCUACGUCGUCCUAGAAAGCACUGCACAAGAAGAUGACGUUCUCCGAUUGCCAAACGUUACAAGGGUGCACAAUGGAAAACUCGUGUGUCUAGCUGCCAACACCUUCGGCUACGGUUACAACAGUACUCUUGUGCGAGUGCAACCUCAGUCAGGUCUACCAGCCUUUGUGGAGGAGCUAGAGGAUCUAUCAGUUUCAACGAACGCACCAAAUUUCACCCUGAAAUGUGUAGCUCGGGUGCCCCUUGACGUGGGGUAUUACCUCCAUUGGGAGAAGGAAGGCCAACCUAUUGACCCGGAAGUGUUUGUGUUUCAUCACCUCAACCAAUCAAGAGUCGUUGAUUCUUGCGUAGAAGAAAUAAGCAGCACCAUGACCUUCAGUCCUCUGGUGCAAGGUCACUGGUUAUCUGCCCGUGAAGGUGGGCAGUAUAGUUGUUUGGUUCAGAACAAAUCAGGAAGCACUAUUAUGUAUGGUCAAGCCACGGUGACCUUUCAAGAAGGUGGAAAUGAGAACGAGGCUAGCCAGUCACUGUCUGGAAUCGUGUCCUUGACCCCUCGGCGUAUGACGGUACAGGAAGGAGACAGCGUGUCGUUAUAUUGCCAUGUUAGAGGACAACCAAAGCCUUUGUUUGCAUGGUUAGUGAAGCCGGACACCAGUGUGCCAGUGUGUGACAUCAGACACGCCCUUCUCAUAGAUUACAUAACAUACCGCCUGGUCGGGUUAGGCGAAACAUGGUCACGUGAUGAGAUGAACCAUUUGAAUAUACUUCAAAUAGAUGACGUCAGUACGGAGCAUGCUGGGACAUAUGUGUGCUAUGUCGCAGGAGCCCGUGAGGAAGCAACACUGACCGUCCUGCCACGGAAUCGUGGCCCACGUAUCAUGGCACCUUUCAUGGGCAACAGGAGCGUUGCUGUUGGUGAAAACAUCGUCUUGCAAUGUCGAGUAGAGAGCGACAAUACACCCACUGUACAGUGGUAUAAAGAGGUCGAAGAGGAUUACAACGAGGAUACAAGGUCUUUGUUCGGGAUGGCAGUUAUCUCCCUUGGUUACCCUGACCCUAUUUGGGAGACUGCUGGAAGCUACUUGAGCACGUAUAUAUUCAGUGAUGGAGUCAAGCCUUCCAAUCAAGGAAAAUACCUCUGUGUUUGGUCUCAUGGAGGAGGCCAGGACUACGACCAAGGUUACUUAAGAGUUCGACAAUAGGAAACGAUGUUAUAUAUGUUGCUAUGGAAAUUAGAUGAAGGAACAACACACAGGGACGUUGGCAACAUCUGCUUCACUGUUGGAAUUUACUCACUCCCUCCUGGAACUGGAGCAUUGGGUACUGAUGGCUUCAGUGUUUGGUCUUUCUGUUACCUUGACAACCGACAAUAAAAAAUAACACACGGGAGUCACUCAAGGUAGCCGGGAAUCUCGGCUUGCAUUCUUGAGUGUUGUCCCCUCGUGCAGGUGUGGGCGGAGUAGUAAAUAUUCAAAUAUUACCUUUGUGUUUGUGUAUAUUGACACACCCAUUGGCGUUUUGCACAUUACAACGCUACCGGUUAGACAAACAUCUAGUCUCUGAUAUGAACAUUUUUUUCUGAGAAAAAAAAACAGUUGUAAAAUCAUCUUAAUAAAAUAUAAUACAAAGGA